AACCCAAACCAGGCUUGAAACUCUUAACUAACCCUGGCUUAAUAUCUGUAUUUGAAAUCCUAAACCAGGUUUGAAACACUGAUUCGUUCACCCAAACUCGGAACCCUAUCCUGGUUUGAAACCAUACUUCUUAAUCUGGUCUUGAAACUCUAAUUCGAAACCAUAAACCUAUCAGGAAACCCUAAUUUGAACCCUUAAUCCUGGCUUGGAACUAGGGCCCAACCGAUAUGAAAAAAAUCCAAUCACCGAUUAAUCGGAUGAUAGUAAUGAAUAAAAUAACUUCCUUUUUGGUCUCUUAAUGCUUACAACAACAAAAAUGAAUUACAUGCUGAACAUUUGACUAUUUUACAAUAAUUUGUCCUAAAGUAUUUAACUUUACAACAGAGGAAUUUUCAAGUACAAGUCCAAGAGCGUGAUAUAUACUGUUCUCCAUCACCACUUGUUGCUGACUCUAAGAACCAGAAGGUUUUGCUGUAAAGCAAUAUCAUGCUCAGGAGCUUCACCUGCAGCACGAACGUAACCCAGUAAUCUGCUGAUGUUGUUGUAAAUAAUGGCGGUGUUCCCACAAAACCACGCAAUAACCGGGGCGACAUUUCAUCGUCUUAAAAUGCUUAUUGGAUAUAAUGGGGUCAGAGCUCAAGUCUAGUGGACAAACAGCUCGAGGGCGUCAUACUGUGUGACUUGAACACUGAACAGCAUUUACUGUUUCACGAGAAAGGAAGAAUAUAUCGGCGUUUAAUUGGCAAAACUCCAACCAAUUAUGAAUUGGCCUACAGAUUAAUUGGUUGGGCCAUACUUGUAACCAUACUUCCUAACCAAGACUUGAAACCCUAACCCAAGUGUGAAACCCUAAUCCCAUUUUAAAAUCCUAAUUUGAAACCCUACUAACCCAGGCUUGAAACCCUAACUCAAAAACUAAUCAUCUUACAUUAAAGAAAUAAAGAUGAUGAACUGAGUUGUUCUUUCCAGAUUCAUUUCAGUGUCAAUAAAACUUGAAACUCGGAAAGUUGUGCAAGUAUCUCGAAACACCCGCGGAAGGGAAAUGGACGCCAUGAAGAAGAAGCAGCAGCGGUGAAGACUUUCGACCAAUCAGAAGAGUUCGCAGCUGAGGAGCUGUUCAGGAAGUGAACAGAGGGGAAGUUUGGUGGUUUUCUUGCGUCACUCGCGCUUUGUGUGUGCCGAUGCAGAGUGAAGACCCGAGUCGAUCAAAACCACAAUGUCCCUGAACUGAGGACAAGACCUCAAUUCGCUUUAGUGUCCAGUUGUAUCCGGACCAAAAUCGGUCUCGAUUGGCGGUUGGAAUACAACAGCUGCGAAGCCAUGAGGAGAGUCCGGAGAAAAGGGGCCAGCAAAGACAAGGUGUUUGGUUGUGAUCUCCUGGAGCACCUGAACACCUCCGGCCAGGACGUCCCUCAGGUGUUGCGGUGCUGCAGCCAGUUUGUCGAGGAACAUGGCGUUGUGGACGGCAUCUACAGGUUAUCCGGUGUUUCAUCCAAUAUCCAGAAACUCAGGAGCGAAUUUGAGAGCGACGGGACCCCCGACCUCAGCAAGGAAGUAUACCUGCAGGACAUCCACUGCGUCAGCUCCCUGUGCAAAGCUUACUUCCGGGAGCUGCCCAACCCGCUACUCACGUACCAACUUUACGACAAGUUUGCCGAGGCUGUGGCCAUGCAACUGGAGGCGGACCGGCUGGUAAAAAUCCAAGAUGUCCUGAAGGAACUUCCGACGCCGCAUUACAGGACUCUAGAGUUUCUGAUGUGCCACCUCGUCAAAAUGGCUUCGUACUCGCCCCAGACCAACAUGCAUGCCAGGAACUUGGCCAUCGUCUGGGCCCCCAAUCUGCUUCGGUGUGGACGCCACACUUCUUCACCUGUACGAGGCUGCUCGAAAAUUCAAAUAAUUUGUCAAAUCUGCUCGUUAAGGUCAAAGGACAUAGAGGUGUCCGGCUUCAACGGCACCGCCGCCUUCAUGGAGGUCAGGGUCCAGUCCAUCGUGGUGGAGUUCAUCCUCACACACGUUCCUCAGCUGUUUCCUGAGCCGAGUGUGGCAUGCAACAGGAGAAAGUCUUUUCCCUCCCCGAUGGCCAUCUCCGGCCAGGAGGAACCCCUGUUCAAGGCUCAGCCUCCUGCCAACUUUGGACACAUCAGUCCAGGGGAUGGUCCAAUUCCAAUGAGACCAUACCACGCUAUCAUAGAAGGCACCGACAAGAGGAAGGGCUCCUUCAAAGGAAGGAAAUGGAUGUCCAUUUUCAACAUUGGCAGUCGGUUUCACGACCCAAGAAGACGGCAUAAACACUCGGCUAAAGAGAAAGACAGACCGGUGUUGCGUCCAGCUCGAAGCAUGGACUCACUCAGCAUUUCGUCAUAUUCAAAUGAAGAUUGUAUACGUCCUCUGCAUGCAUCACGUUCCGCCAAAAUGUCGGGCUUGGAAGUUACGUCGUCACCUAGCCCGUUAGGCGGAAGCGAAUAUGCCGUGACCUACCGCAGGGGAACGGGACUUGUGAGCGGGGGCACCCAGGGCACCUACACGGCCCUUGACCCCGAAGGCUUGGGAGGCACAGACGGCGACUCUGUCCAAACCAGGUCGCCGGGACUCUCCACGAAGGCGGGUCGGAGAGCGGCCAUGCACAUCACCGGCCCCACUAUGGUCACGGUGCCGCUGCACAUCACUUCCAACUUGGCUUUGGGCCUUCUACGGGGAGGCGGGAGCGACCGGGUAGUCCACCGCGGCAGGGAUAAGGAGGAAGGAGAUAAAGUGGAAAGGAAGGACAAUGUAAUAAUGGAAAUGAAAGUUGAAGAACUUAGGGAAAGUAAAGAAGAGAAGAAAGAGAUGACACACAGAAAGGAAACUGUCCUAGUAGAAGAUGCAAUUGCUUUGGUUGACAAGGAAGAAGAGGACAAGAAUGAGGAAGCAGUUGGGGAAGACUGUACAUUGGAGCUAGCAGCAAAAGAAACAUGUGCCAAAAGCUUGGAUUAUAAUGUAGAUGAAGAUGUUUGUCAACAAGAUUAUGAAGAAAUGCAAGGAGUGGCAUCAGCUGAAUGCCAUGAAAACAAUGUUUUUGAUUCUUCUGACGUCCUCAACUCCACCGAGGUAGAGCAGGACGACCAGGAGCUGUCGGGCUAUGUUCAAGACAACUUUGAAUUCCUGGAUCACAUGGACUGCAGCGUCUCCUGUCAGAUUCCUCUCCACUUCCUGCCGGACUGUGCUUCCCAAGUAAACGAAUUCUCCGUUGAACCUCCCGGACAUUCCGACGACGAAUAUGAACUCAUGGAGCAACCCUUGCAUCACACCGCGGGGCCCGACACCAGCCCAACCGUGAGCCCUGAAUCAAACAGCCAGCUUAAGUCCCACAGGCCGCAUAGUGUUGAUGUGAACGAGAGACACGCAAAAGCCCUCAGCUUGCCUCACAUGACCUCGCCUGUGUGCGAACCAGGGAAAUGUUGUUCUGACAAUGAAGACGAUGCGACAGAUGACGACAUGACUGACUACUACAGCAGUGAUGAAGACAACAGCUUGUUCGCUAAGAGCCUCCCUGCGGACUUCUUUCUAAGUAAUUCCUGUGAUCUUGAAACAAAAGAUGCGCCAGCCAUUACUGUAGAUAGCAUGCCGUUGGACCAGUCAUGUGAAGAAAGGGAAUUUAAUCCUGAAUGCUCUACCCGUAAGCAACCAAAUGAUGGUGAUGAGAGCCAGGACGACAUAGACAUAGGAGAAGAGACGAUACCACUAGACGAAGAGCGAGUCGACCAACCGGAGGGCAACAGUCUAAGAAACGACAAUUUCAGAAUCAAGGAAGAUUGUCCAGGACCUCUCCUCUUAGAAGUGCUAUCACACCAUUGUGAAGACUUAUCAACGCAAGAGCACACCGAUGAAUCAAGUAUUAAAGCCAAAGACAAUUUAGAGGUGGGAAAUGUCAGGCAGGAAGAGGAUGAAGAAAUCCAUCACUUCUCCAUCCCUGGUGGUGCUCAAAAUGAAACAUCUCCAGAAGAGGAACUCCUAGACGUUUCUGAAGAGACCACGGAGGAAUGUAAGGAGGACCAGGAUGAUGGAGAAAGGGGUAAAGGGACUGAGGAUGUGAAUCCUGAAUGUAUAAUAAGUACACUGGGAAAUCUCUCAACAGAAGAUGGCAAGGAACUGAGUUUGGGAAGGACACAGGAGGACGGCUUGCGGAUGGAUGACGCCUUUGUAAAAAUCUGGGACGAGCUCGAGGAGGUUGUGUGUGAACUGAUCGAGGACGAAGAAAGAAAGACAGUGGCGGUCGGAGAUAGCGGCGAGACCAACAAAAGAGUGACAACAUUGGGAAAGAACCCAGAGGAUAUGGAGAUCAACUUACCUGAGAGAUGUGACCAAGAUGGAGCAGUUAUGGACACAUUAGAAGAAGAAGACGAACCAAUCCUUGAGGAAGUGACAGAAACGCCAAGUCUUAGAAAUACAGACCUGAAAGCUGUCAGGUCUGACAUUCCAGAGUCCAGAGAAGGUGUGAGUGUUGAAGAGCAAGGACCAGAGAGCUGUGUACAGGAAGUGGUUACAGAAGUGUUGAUGCCCAAAGACAAACCCAUACUUGAGGAAGUGACUGUGAGGCCAAGUCUGAGAGAUACAUCCCUGAAAGAGGUCAGGUCUGAUGUACCGGAGUCUGGAGAAGGCAUAAGAUUUGAGGAGGGCAACCCAGCGUGGUGUGAACAAGAAGGUACUGUUCCAGAAAAGAUGGUGCACAAAGAAGACAGACAAAUUUCUGAGGAAGAGACAGUGACACCAAGUCUUAGUGACUCACUGCUGAAAGAGGUGAAGUCUGAUGUUCCAGAAUCCAGGGAAGAGUUGAGAUUUGAAGAGCGAGGACCAGAGAGGCGUGAACAAGAAGGUACUCUCAACAAAUUGUUGGUGCCCAAAGUUAGAGAUACACCCCUGGAAGAGGACAUGUCUGAUGUUCCAGAAUCCAGGGAAGGGUUGAGAUUUGAAGAGCAAGGACCAAAGAGGUGUGAAAAAGAAGGUACUCUUAAAGAAUUGUUGGUGCCCAAAGAAGACAAAUACAGUUGUGAGGAAGUGACAGUGACGCCAAGUCUUACAGAUACACCGCUGGAAGAGGACAGGUCUGAUGUUCCAGAGUCCAGAGAAGGAGUGAGGUUUGAAGAGCGAGGAAUAGGAAGGCAGCUGGUCAUCUCCAAACUGCCCAAAGUUUACCAAGUGAAAGCGGUGCCAGUAGUACCACCCAAGCCCCAACACUGCAAGCUAGCCGCCCGGAGUCUCCGACAACAACAGCAGCAGCGAGAGAGGAGGGACACCGACGCGCCAGACGAUGUUGGUGCCAUCUGCGGCAGGGACUCGCCCCGGAACAGCGCGCUCAGCAUGUGCUUCGACGAGGCUGUCGCCAUGGCCACCAUGAGGCGAGAAAAGGAGCGCGAAAGCGAGCGAGAGCGGCAACGGGAUUGGAUGGGUGAAGUCCAGUGACGAUCCAAAGCGACACUACUCACUAAAAGUUAAUGAUAUUGGACUUCCGGGUGAAAUUUUAGGACGAACCUUUAAUGCAGUAUAACCUUUAAAGGGGACCUUAAAGGCCCAAGAAAGUGACCAGAAAAAUGUCAUACCACAGAGAAGAGUAUUGUUGACAAGCCUGCCAAAUUUGAAUUAAUAAAAGAAAAACAGCAAGUAUAUGAAAUCAGGCUUAAAAAUGGUCCAAAAUUGCGACAUUAUUUCAGCUUUCAGACACUGUUGUUGAAAGCUCUGAAAACCCCACCCCGCGGAACGUCCAGCUGUCAAUCAAAUAUUUGGCUUCUCUCUUGGCUCCUUCCCAGCGAUGCACACGCUCUCACGGGCCGCAGUGAGGUACUCUGUGGCGGCCAGGCAGCCUCUGAGCCUCGGCGUAAUGACCGGCAGCCGUGCCAGGACAAUUUUCCUCUCCUUCGCCUCUGUUGAAUUUCAGUUGGCCAUUGGCCUUGGCAUGCUGCUGUGGCCGCCUCAAGUGCACUUGGUACCUUUAUAGUGGUGGAGGGCCGACUCAUGCUGGGUGCCCUGUUUAUGUCACCUGGCCAAAGAAUCUGGACAACUGAGAUGGUGAAAAAAGAGCUUAAUGCUACAUCUCAAUAAUUCACUACUAAAUUGUUCUGUCUUUGCACGUUUUCAACACUUCAAACAUAUUGAGUGUAUUUAGACAAUUAACACGAAAAUGACUGUACUGGAUCUUUCAUUUGAGCUUCUCUAAAUUUUUUAAUACACAUCUAACUGUUCAAUGUUUCACUACUUUUUGCACAACUUUGUGUUCUCUAAACUGAACGAUAGAAUUCUCACAGAAUUUGUCCUACUACGACAAAGAGCGUACUAGUCAAUGGACAUCAAGCAUACUGAAUACCAAUUGUGUAUAAAUAAAGCAGGAAAUGUAUUGGUCCCUUCAUGGAUCAAACACCUCCUGUGAAUUUUGCCGUUCAGCCCCUUGCUAGAUAGAUAACAGCAAAUUGUGCAAAAAGCACCGAAACACUGAACAGUUGUUUGUGCAUUCAAAAGUUGAAAGAAGGUCCAUUUAAUUUCACAUGUAAAGUUUGUAGUGCAGUUUAGGUUCAUCCUGAAAUUUCCCCCGAAAAGCCCAAUAUCCCUAAUGUUUUAAAUGAGUAGUAUAUUUCUGUUGAAGAUUUCCUCGGGACAUGUGAAUAUGGGCCAGUUUUUGGUGAAUGUCAAAGUUUGUGACAGUUAGGGGGUCUCUUUCACAGCCAAGUACUUAUCACAUAUCAUUGUUAGUCUUUACUAAACUUCAAAUUAUGCUCACUUCACGUCUGCUAGCUAUUCGUGAAUAUGUACAGUUUUUUAAAGAAAUGUAAAAUAAACAAUGACAGUUGAAAAACCUUGUCUACAUGUUAAAUACAUUAAAAACAAUUCUGUAUCAA